GAUUUAUCCUAUAAUUUACUCUAUUCCUAUAAUCCUGGUUCUUGAUCCGAACUUCUUCCCAUCUAAUCAGAAACCUGUCCUAAGGAACUGGAGUGCUGUUCAAGGAGAGAGACCCAAAGAUGGAAGUGGCUUGCAUACUUUACACAAUCUAUUUAAAAGCAUAUUCACGUGGAACAGGGUGAUAUUUGGACUGGUCUCAGGAUUGGUUUUCCUCUUUUGUACUGGUCUUUUCUACUGUUUAUAUGAGUGGGAAUUCCUACACGAGGCUCUGUUGUACCAUCUUACUAGAACUGAUCCAAGGCAUAACUUCUCCAUCUAUUUCUAUCACAUAUAUCUUCAUUAUGGGUAUGAUACUUCAGUGGUGGAAAAGCUUAUCUCCUUUUUGCCCCAAUUUUUGGUUCAGCUGGUUCUUAUCUUCUGCUUUGCUCAAGAUUUGCCAUUUUGCAUAUUUGUGCAGACCGUGGCCUUUGUGGCAUUCAAUAAGGUGAUUACAGCCCAGUAUUUUGUUUGGUUCUUUUGCUUGUUGCCCCUAAUACUUCCUUGGAGUAAAAUGAAACUUAGAUGGGAUGGGUUAUCUUGCAUUCUUUUGUGGAUUGGGGCUCAGACCCAUUGGUUGAUGUGGGGCUACCUGCUUGAGUUCAAGGGUAAAAAUGUCUUCUUGCAGCUUUGGGCAGCAAGCUUACUGUUUCUAGCAGCCAACAUAUACAUCCUUGUCAUGAUUAUUCGUAACCAUAGAUAUGCUUCAGUUUUCAAAGCUUUAGAGUAUGCUAACUCCAAGAAUGCAGCUAAGCUUGAGUGA